CACAAAGAGAGGCGAUUGAAAACCUUGCUCACCAAAAGCUCUUCUUUGGCCGUAGGCCGUUGUAUUCCAGUGUUAAAACAUUAAAAGCUGCGCUGGAAAAAGGACAACAGUUAAAUAGAAGAUACCAACACUAUUGGUAUCCAGCAGAACAUAGUACACCACGCAGGUCGCGGUGGAUACGCCGUGAAUACGAGUACUACUCCGUACGAACUCCACACCGUUUUGGCACAAUUCUCCCCCACACGCACACACUCUCGUCCGCUGCUUAUACUCUACACACAAUCGCACACGUUCCGUUCGCACACAGAGCAAAAAGUCGAUUUUUCACCAACAAAAAGUGUUGUAUAUGUGGAAAGUUUUGAAUUGCCAGCCAUAAAAUGGAACUGCAAGUGCAAUAAUCGAAGGUGGACGAAGUGCAGCGCUAUCAGCAGGCGACAGAGAGGAGCACACGGCGAGCCGCCAGGGAUGUGCACACUCCAACUCCACCAUUGGGGCCGCUCGUAGUGCUGAGCUCAUCGUUUGUAUGAGAAAAGUUUGUAUCAGCCACGCCACCCCCGCCAACGCCACAGCACGGCACAGCACAGCUCCUCCUCACCUCACCCUCCUAGUUGUACAACCACCAAGAGUCCCCCGGGUUCCAGUCGAACUGUUGUUCUGUGAUGAGAUGUUGGUGAUAAUAAGUGUGAUUCCCAGCCCAAAUGGUGGCUGUGGCUGUCCCCGUGCCUAGGCGGCUUUGGACCCGGACCCGGACCGAGAAGCAUCCCACAACGGCAACAAAAACAAAAAGAAUUAACGUCCAGAAUUAGCCGAUUGCAGCCUGAGUGCAGAGCAGCAACGGAGCGUCCAAGAGCAUCACAACGACAACAACGAGGAGGACCCGGCUCCGGACCCGGACCAGGUCGAAGAUUAGGCAGUGCACAUGGCGGGCGGGAGGGUCCUGUGCGCAACGCUGCUGGCCUGGCUGACGUUCCUCACAGUCACCCACUCGGUGCGCAUCACGAAUCUGCGGGUGCCGCACACCUACACACUCGAACGUGAUAACGAACCCGAUCCUCUGGUACUCGACUGCGAGUACGAAAUAGAGCCGAGCGAGAAGGGAUUUGUGCUGAAGUGGCUGUUCAACAAUCACUCCAUCUACCAAUGGAUACCCUCUGUGAAGGGGUUCGCCAUGGGCUUCAUGAAGUCGAAGAUAGACACCAAAAUAUUCAGCAUGGAGGGCAGUCCCGGUGUUAUAUCGAUAAAGAAUCCCGACUGGAACAUGACGGGGGAGUACACCUGUGCCGUGCAGACCUUUGAGACCACGGACAAGCGGAGUGCCCGCUUACAAAUAAUCGUUCCUGAGUCGGAUUUCAUGCUGGAGGCACGAAUGGGCGGCCCACAGUCGGAUGUGGACAUAAUGUGUGCGGUUCAACACGUCUUUCCACAGCCGAUACUGUCGGUCAUGUUCGACACCCAUAUACUGGAUUUGGUGCUAACGGAGCUGGACCAGGACCCCAGUGGCCUCUACAGCAUGACUGUGCGUACGCGCAUUCCUAGAGAUCAACUCGAAUCCCCCACACCGAUAACCUGUGCGUUUAUCCUGAUCGGCACGAACUACACCAAGCGCCGGGAGACUAUUUUCUAUGGUAAGUAGAGAUAAGGCCUCAACUAUACAACGCAAGUGGACAACGGUCGCCGUGGUCAUGUCGAUCGCAUCCCUAGCUCUAAGCAGUUAGUUUGGUAGUGUCCUUUGGUGUAGUGUAGGCUAUAUUUGUUUUUUUUUUUAUGUUUCGUAUAGACGUGUUUAACGACUUUUCAUUUUUAAUAGAAUUUUAACGGAUAAACGUAAUUUUUUGCGGUAUUUUUAAAAAAAGCGCUUAUUUUGUAAAUGCAUGUAAUUGUAAGGGAAUCGAAACGAAACGAAGCGAAAACUAGACACCACAAAAAAA